CUUUCCAUCACCCAUUAAUUUCCAACUUUUACUUCUCUCUCUAUUCUGUCAUAUAAAAAAAAAAGCACACACACAUAUAUGCGUGUCUAUUAUUAUACACACGCAAAUUUCAUGACUGAGAGUUGCACUUGGUUGUGAUUGUUUAUUUGAUUUGAUUUGAAUUGAAUUGAAUGUUCUAGGGUUUUGUGGCAUGGCGGAUGCACCAACAAGCCCAGCUGGGGGGAGUCAUGAGAGUGGUGGUGAACAGAGCCCGCGUGGUUCUUCAUCUGGUGCAAGGGAACAGGACCGUUACCUGCCAAUUGCAAAUAUAAGCCGUAUCAUGAAGAAAGCAUUGCCAGCGAAUGGGAAGAUUGCGAAGGAUGCCAAAGACACCAUGCAGGAAUGUGUUUCUGAAUUCAUCAGUUUUAUUACCAGCGAGGCGAGUGAGAAAUGCCAGAAAGAGAAGAGAAAGACCAUUAAUGGAGAUGAUUUGCUAUGGGCGAUGGCCACCUUAGGAUUUGAGGACUACAUAGAGCCGCUUAAGGUGUACCUAGCAAGGUACAGAGAGUUAGAGGGUGACACUAAAGGAUCUGCUAGAAGUGGUGAUGGAUCUGCUAGACGAGAUCAAGUAGGCCUUGCAAGUCAAAAUGCUCAGCUUGUUCAUCAGGGUUCGCUGAACUAUAUUAGUUCCCAGGUGCAGCCACAGCAUCUGGUUUUGCCUUCAAUGCAAAGCCAUGAAUAGAUGCUUCUACGCAUGGCAUGGACGGAAACAAUGGUCUGAUAAUUUAAUAUUUAGGUUCUCGUGUAGAAGGCAUGGGUGUCACAGUUUUGUUGUGGCACUCAUUUAGAUUUUUUUUUAAUACAUAUUUAAAAUUGAGCUGCGUGACCGACUCAAGGGAUAUGUGUGGGGUUUUGCAUGUAAUUCGCCAUAUAGCUUGCCAUGGUGAGAAGCACCUGCUUGAGAAUUUUCUUGAAACUAUAUAAUAUUUGGGCCUACUGCAUAUAUUAUUUUAUUUAAUUUAGGACAAAUAGUUUGUUUCUCUGAUU